GACAUUUUUAAUAACUAUAAAAAAGUAACGUUGCUUCCUCUUUCUCACUCUUUCUCAACUUUUCUUCCUAUAGUCAACAAUUCUGCCUAUAGUAUUAUAUCGCAAUUUUCAAAGACAUUUGGCUAUAGCAAGUAUUAAAAUACAAAUCAAUUUUUGAAAUUUUACGAAAUAUUUGUUGAAUAGUUUAAAAGCUGUUCAAUAUUUUCGAAUUAGCUAAUUUACCUUAUAGAUGAUUUAUCUAUUGCCAGUUGUGCUCUGAUCGUUGCUUGCAUUAAACGCAUUCUCUUUUAGUUUUCCUCUCUUACUUUGUGCAUACAUAUAUUAUUUUACAUACUUUACAGAAAUUUAUAAAAAAAAUUCGGUUAAUAAUUUUUAUAUUUUUACUAAAUAAAAAUCUACCACGUCACAUAAACAGACGUAAGUGCAUGUGGGAAAUACAAUGGUGGAGUCAUAUGCAAGUGAUGUCGAUAAUGACAGAGGUGUACAUUUUGACAUUAUAACAUUUCAAUUACUUUGCUUACAAUUUCAAAUACUUUUAUUCCUUUAUUCCAUGUGUGAUAAACAUAUAUUUUCCUCCUCCCUCCUACAAUUUAAGACCAAACCCAGGACAUCACAGUUUACCGUCUGGUGAGUUCAUAUUGGCUUCAACUGUUUUGAAUUUCACCAUGGAAAGGAUGUAGUCAUGUUGUGAAAGAGAAAAUUUCAACAGAUUAAAAUUAAUUUGCUGAGUAACAGCUUCCAGGAAUUUAGUUACACCUUACAUAGAGCGAUAAUCAUCCACAAUGCCAAAGAAAUCCAAGCGACGUGACAAAAGUGAUUUGGGUCCCGAUUUUGUGGCGCCCGAUGGCGGCUGGGGUUGGGUCGUUUGCAUAGCUGCUGGCUUUAGUAAUCUGACCAUGUAUCCACCACUACAACAAUACGGUAUGAUUUAUCGACAGCGCAUGUUUAAUUUGGGAUUCUCUGCCAAAGAGACCACCACAAUUGCGAAUAUCAUGUUGAGUUUAGCGUCCUUAGUUGGCAUUGUAAAUGGUGCCAUGUUUCGACGCUUUACAUUUCGGCAGGUUGCCAUCGUCGGCAGCAUUUUGAUAUUUAGUGGUAUUUUAUUAUCAGCAGCAUGUGCCACUUUUUGGCAGUAUGUGCUUUGUUUAUCGGUCAUAUAUGGCAUCGGACAGGGUCUCAAUGUGAGCGCCUUAUCGUUGGCCGUGAAUACAUACUUCAAAAAUCGGCGACGUCGGGCAUUCGGGCUUAUGUGGACCAUCACUGGCUUAGGACCCAUUAUAUUUCCACACUUCACCUCUCUAAUACUUAUCUACUAUGGCAGUCCGGGUACAAUUCUAAUUUAUGCUGGAAUUUCCCUAAAUGUCUUCCUCUGUGCUUUAACUCUACAACCAGUAUUAUGGCAUACUUCCAAAGCGCCGGUCAAAAGUGAAUCGAAGUUACAAGAACCUGCUUUAGAAGAUAGUAUUAUUGAUACCUUAGCCACAAUACAGCUUCAAGUCGAGUCGGAAUAUAAAAAAUGUACAACUCAACUUGUAAUAGAGCCUGAAUGCAAGUAUUGUCAAUAUAUGAAACGUACCAGCUCCAGUGUGGUCGCAACACAAUUUGAUUUUGACGACCAUGACUUGGCUAAACCAAGCCGUAAGCUCAGUGAACCCGAAACGCCAUUAAUGUCACGCGCCAACGAUGAGUUUGGUUCGAAGUCUUCGCUAAAAUAUUUUGGGGAAACAGUAAACUUGCCAUAUACUAAGUUUGAAAAGAAUUCAACUCAAAAAGCACCAAUUGCUGAGGCGGAAAAGGAUAAUGCUGAAAGCGUUGAAGAUUAUGAAGUGAAAGAAAAUAGUUGUGCAAAUCAUGCCCCUAAAGAUACCUUCCCAGAAGAAUUCCAUUGCACCUGCGCAGAAGAGAGAGCAUUGUUAGAAGACCACAACAGUGGCAAACUAAAAAAUGCACCAAUACUAUUGAUAACAAACCUAGAGAAGAUCGAACUAUUAGACCCGAAGUUAGACGACCACACGGACAAAUUGACUUUCAAACAAAAGUUAGUGAAAUUCUUUGACUUGGAUCUAUUGACAGAUUUCACUUUUGUCAAUUUAGUUAUGGGCAUGACAGUGAUGAUGUUUGCCGAGAUGAACUUCGCCAUUUUAUUACCCUUCAUUUUGGAUCAAUACGGUUACAGUAACGAACAAAUCUCUACCGCUAUGUCCAUGCAGGGUGGCAUGGAUAUCUGCGUGCGCUUCCUACUACCAAUUGUGCUGGAAAGGGCUAAAAAGUUGAGUAAUCAAGUAUUAUUUGCAUUUGGCAUUAUUACCAUCUCUAUCGGACGCCUGUUGAUUACAUUAACCGACUCCUAUCGUGUUACAUUGGCACUCUUUGUGCUCAUCGGUUUCGGUAGAGGUUUUCGUACGAUAUUUGCGUCUCUUAUUAUACCAUCAUAUGUGCCUUUGAAUCGCUUGCCAGCUGCAUCUGGACUACAAUUAGUCUUCAAUACUUUAUUCACACUUGCUUUUGGGCCAAUUUUAGGUGUCAUCACCGAUGCCACCAGUUAUACAAUGACAAUUCAUUUCCUUAAUUUACUAUCCUCGCUUUCAUUGCUCUUCUGGCUAUUGGAGUAUCUGGUGCGUCGCAUGUUCGGGAUAAAAUCGAAAACUGAAACAAAAAGCUAGGAUUUUAAUUUUAAUAAUUUGGAUGUAAAUAAAUUGUUUCUAGAAUUAGUAUUUAGUAAAGCUCAAUAUAAUUUCUUGCAUUUUGGUUUGUUUUUGGGGUCUGUAAACUGCGUGGUUUGCCUUUAACCGCUUUUUCCAACAGUAAGACGCGGUGAAGUCGGCUUAAACUUCCGCAGUACCGUAACAUAGUGAAUUUCGACCUUCCGAUUAGGUUCAUGCCGUUUAUAUUGGUAUAACUGCGAGAUAUUGUAAUAAAGUUAAGAAUAGUGUGACUUCCUUAAAAAGGCGAUUUUUGGGAAUUAAAAAAAAACUACUCUGUCAAUUUUUUUUUUUCAUUUUUAAAGGUACAUUUAACCAUGUUUGAAGAAUACACAAUAAAAUGUUUGAAAAAGAUCGGUUAGAAGAAAUGUUGUUGAAAUUUAAUUUAUUGUAAUUUAUUUACCCGAAGUUAAUAAAUAUAUUGAUAUAAGACAGCAACCAUAUGGUUAAUUU